AUGCGGAAUUUGUUGUUGUUAUUGCCGUUGAUUGCGGCCUCCCAAUCAGUCGUCAUCCGGCUUCACGAUUCCGGCCUUCGAGCAGCAGCUAAUUUUACGCGACAAUGGCUUCAUCUGGCGAUGCCGCAAUUUAUAUUACCGUCUUUUAGACAAGAUUUCUCCACCUCUUUCGCAACGGGGAGAAUGGCCGUCACGAACCUGGCCGUCAGGAGAUUUGUCUCGCCGUUGAUACGAUUUCGACCGACCGACCACUCCGUGUUGUACAUGAGUACGAUGAGCGGCUAUGCACAGGUAACCGCGGACUGGGCGCUGGAUUCGAACGUACUCUCCAUGCUCCGAAUCCCCUUAGAUGGCCAGAUCCAAGCCCAAAUGACGGGGUUAAUCUCGGAAAUUGCUAUGCAAAUUACCCCUGAUAAUUCGGUCGAAAUGCAUCAUUGCGUAGCCCAAAUCCGGGAUCUCCGAUUGACACUGUCUGGCUCGAUGGCGGCAGAUGUCCUACAUUGGUUCCGCAACAGUCUAACACGUGCCAUUCGAAAACAACUCGAACAGGAGUACUGCGACACCAUGAGAGUGCAUUGGAUUCCGUGGGUUGCCUCUCAACUCGCCCAAUUCCCGACGAAUAUUUCAAUUAGCCAAAAACCACCGGUAACCCUAACCGGAACCCCAGAAUCGAUCGCCAUGACCGGGCAAUUUGUUGAAUUCCGGCUGCGGAGCGAUUUGAUUUGGGAUGGGCAAACGGUAGAAUCCACUCCACAGAGAAAUAAGACCGUCAUGGAGAUUGAUUCGGUCCCGAAAACCCAGAAAAUGUUGGACAUUUUUGUGGACGAGGAGACGGUGCAGAGCUCUUUGGCUGCCGCGCAUUUUGCGGAUCAUUUGAAGACAACCAUCGAAAGCCCAUUCCUGGAUACCCAGUGUGAUGUGUUGUGCCUUGGAACCGUCGUGCCGGAAUUAGCGCAGGUUUUGCCAAACAAGACGCUGGCUAUUAAUGCCAAAACCCUCUCACCUCCCAUUAUCGCCCUAACGCCCGACAAGGCCCUCGUCUUCUUGAACGCAUCUCUCGACGUCAAUCCGCAGCCCCUGACCGAAGGAAUUCCUGAAAGCCUCCUGACAGUCAACGUCGAAACCGAGUUCGCCCUCAAAAUUGAGGUCUCAAAGCAGAAGGUCAAAGGAAACCUCCAUAUGCUGAACGCGCAGGCGACGCUUGUCGACAGUAAAGUGGGGCUGAUCUCACAGCAGACCGUCGACUUCCUCGUCUCGAUGUCUACCCCGUUUCUCGAAGACGCCGUCGACAUGUGGGUCGGCCGGUACCUCGUCGACGCCCCCGAUUUCCCAACGACAAAUGAAAUCCUGACGAUACACCGAGGCUUCCUGCGCUACGAGGCUGACCUCAACAUUCCGAUGCUCAUGAAUCGAUAUAUGAAC